GCGCGGCGCGGGACUCUCACACGCACCGGAAAGGAGGCGCAAUUGUUACUACGCCGGCCGCGGCGCCUGCGCCCCAGGGGGGACCACCGCUCCCAGCAGCCACCCCCCCCCCCUCCGUCCAAGCAUGCUGCGGCGUUGCUGCGGGGCCCAGUGCCGGGCUGCCUGGCGGCGCUGGGUCUGCCUGGCGGCGGGCGUGCAGGGCGCCGUGCGCCCUUGGAGCUGCUGGGGCGCACCCCGGAGCGCGGCCGGGCCGGGGCUGCGGCGGGGCACGGGCUCCUCCUCCUUCCCGCUGGACGCCUGCGUGCCCCGGGACGUGCUGCUCUUCCAGCACGAGCGGGCCCGCUUCUUCCGCCUGCUGGGGCUCUUCUGCGCCGGGCAGCUGCUCUUCUGGACGUACCUGGCCCACUUCGCCUUCCACACCUUGCGCGGCCAGCCGCGGCCGAGCCCGGGCCCGGGCGAGCAGCGGCCCCCUUCUCCUCCGCUGCCGACCCUGCCGGGCGGCGCCUCCCUCAACUUGGGCUCCAACAAGUGGCGCUUCGGCUUCACCGCCUCCUGCCUGACCGUGGGUUCUCUGAUCGUGGUGGCUGGCUUUGUCUUCUCGCGCCGCUCUGUCAGCCGGGUCCUGCUCCACCGUGGCGGCCAGGACGUGACACUGACCACAUACUACCCCUUCGGGCUGACCUCCUCCUUCACGGUGCCCUUGCGCCACGUGGCCUGCAUGUCCCACCGCUCGGAGGUGCCGGCCAUGAUCCCCCUCAAGGUCAAGGGACGGCCCUUCUACUUCCUGCUGGACAAACAGGGGCACAUCACCAACGCCAAGCUCUUUGACAUCACGGUGGGCGCCUACCGCAGAUUCUAAAGCCAGGUGGGCAGGGUGCCAGCUCCCCACCCAGGAGGCUGCUGCCAGAGGAAGAGAGGUGGGUGCCUAGGGUCCCCUCCACAUUACCUGCUCAGGCUGCUCCUUUCCUGCGGAGGACAGCCAGACCCCCUCCUUCCGCCACUGGGAGUGACUCCAAAAUAGCCCCCCCUAACGGUAGGCCACCUUGGGGGGAAAAGACUCCCUGGAUUCAUGGAGGGACCUGGGCAGCAGAGGCUGAGACUGCGUUCUGCCUGAUGGCGUGGGAGUGGUUAUUUUGUGAGCUGAAAAUAUAUAUAUUUUUAAAAGUGCAAACAGGUU